AUGAAAUCAAGGAACGCUCCUGGCAGUGAUGAAGUUACAGCAGACUUGCUCAAAGCUGGCGGUGAGCCAGUUAUUCGCUGGCUGUUUGAGAUUUUCACUGAUGUGUGGAAGAAUGAGGAGAUGGUGGAAGACUGGAGCUUGGCUCUUCUUAUUCGAC